AUGGCCUCCGAGCUCACCGGUAUCCACUCGGCCCUCAUUCUGCACAAUGAUGAGGUGACUGUCACGGAAGAUAAAAUCCAUGCCCUCAUUAAAGCAGCCAGUAUAAAUGUUGAACCUUUUCGACCUGGCUUGUUUGCAAAGGCCCUGGCUAACGUCAACGUUGGAAGCCUCAUGUGCAAUGCAGGGGCUGAUGGACCUGCUCCAGCAGCUGGUGCUGCACCAGCAGGAGUUCCUGCCCCCUCCACUGCUACUGCUCCAGCUGAGGAGAAGAAAGUGAAAGCAAAGAAAGAAGAAUCCGAGGAGUCUGAUGAUGACAUGAGCUUUGGUCUUUUUGACUAA